AUGUCUACUCGAGUCGAUUCUCCCGCUCCUCCCACUGUUCCAGCCGGCCAGAGUGACGCGCGCUUUGAUACCUCCGUAGCUUGGGCACAGGCAGAGGCUUCCACCAACAAGCUCUCCAGGGAGAUUGGUCAGAAUGCGGCACAGAUACAAGCUGCCGCAGGACAGGCUGCCGACGAAGCUCAACGUCACGAACCUCAAGUAAUCUCCGCAGUGAACCAACUGGAGGCUGGACGCGCUGUGAGCGAGAAGACAACCCAGGCUACCUCGCAGGGCAUGUUCGACGUCGAGAACGCCAAAGCAACUGCUGCCAGCGCUGUUGAGCAAGCUAAGAAUAUGGCAAAUAAUGCUUACCAGAGUGCACAGUCAUUGUUCAAUAAUCCGCAAUCGUCAGAUACGUCAACAAUGGGGAAUGUGUCUUCCACCGUUCAGUCUACGGCUUCGAGUGCCUUCCAAACAGGCAAAGAGUACCUCGCAUCGGCGCAAAGUGCUGUACAGCCCCACAUUGAGAAGGCGAAAGAUAUGAUGGCUGGAAGCCCCGGCUCGACACAACAACCGAGUGCUCCAGCAGCUAGCACAGCUCCGCUUGAGUCUGGCAACCAAGUCGUCGAGAAUCCGUACCCCGCAACCACGACGGGACAGACGACCCGAGUCGGCGAAAUCUGA